AUGUCACAUAUUCUGGUUACUGUAGGAACUACAAAAUUUGAUAAUCUCAUUAGAGCAGUAGAUACUGAAGAGUUUCAUGAAGCUGCAUUGAAAUUAGGAUAUACAUAUAUGUAUAUACAGUAUGGAAGAGGAGACUAUAUUCCAUCUUUGGGUAUAUCUAGUUCUAUUGAAGGUUUAAAAUCUAGAAGAUUAUUAGAAGUUGAGGCUAUCGACUACACUAAAGGAUUUGAUUUUAAAAAGUUUGGACUUGUUAUUAGUCAUGCAGGAGCUGGGACUGUUUUGGAUACACUAAGAAGUAAGGUGAAAUUGAUUGUGGUUUCUAAUCAACUACUAAUGAAUAAUCACCAAAUGGAACUCUCAAAUAAACUUCAAGAACUUAAUUAUCUUAUAGCUAUUCAUAACCCAAAAGAUCUUGUUAGUGCUAUGCAGAAUAUCUCUUCUAGUCCAAUGAAAGUUUUCCCUGAAGCAGAUAUCAGUUUAUUUAAACAAGUAAUAUCUGAAAUUGUAGGUUUUAAUGUGUGGAAUAGAUAA